GUGGCGGCGAGUGGCCGACUGGGACACACUUCCAACCCAAUAUCUCUUCGUUUUAUUCUAAGAAUUAAAUUUGUAAUUAACAAAUUUCAAAUAGUUCGUGGUUUUUAUUAGUGUGCUUUUUAAUCCAGUGAUUUUGGAAGAUACAAGACAAUUCAAAAAUGACUACACAGCAACAACCGCCCCCCCGAAAGGGAAAUUAUGCAAAGGUAUUGAGAAAUUUACAUGCAGAGCAGUUAUCCAAAGUACAAUGGAAACACCAGCAAGAAUGUGAAUUAUUGGAAGAUUUGAGGAAUUUCGUCAAGCAAAGAUGCGCCGUUGAGAAAUCCUAUGGCGAGGCGAUGCAGAAGAUAUCGUCCAAUUACCUCAACAAGAAGAUGCCGCCCAUUCACGAGCUGAAUCACGACGAAAUCAACCAGCAAUGGACUGUUUGGUCUAUUUGGAGAUCUCUACUCGAAGAAACGGACAAAUUGGCAAAAGCCAAACUGGCCGCUGUUGAAAUCUUCCAAACACAAAUAGCAGACGAUGUUAAAACCGUUCGUCAAAACAAACUCCAAUUAGCCAAAAAGAAUCUGGACCUCCUCAAAGUCGUCCAAGGCGAAGUGCAGACUUGUGUCACCGAGCUGGACAAGCUGAAGAAAGUCUACGUCGACGACGAGCACGUCAGCCACGACGCCCGCGACAAGGCCCGCGAAGCCGAAGAAAAGUUGAAGAAGAAGAAGGGCAGCAUUUUCCAGUCCGUCUCCUCCUUACAAAAGACGUCGGCCAAAUUGGGGAGCCGGAGGGAAUUGUGCGAGGAAAAAUCGACUCAAGCCCGCAACGCCUACCUGCUCCAACUGGCUUCAGCCAACGCCCACCAGAAUCGAUACUUUCAUGUUGAUCUCCAAAACGUCGUCAAGACUCUCGAUGGCGGAAUGUACGAAAAAGUCGCCGAGUAUUUUUCCAUCCUCAGCCGGACGGAGCUCUACACCUGCUCCGCAUCCCAAUUCUCUUUCGGAAAGAUCAAAGAACAAGCCAUGACGAUCAGUCGCGACUACGAUUUGGCCUGUUUUGUCAACGCCUUCCCCAUUCUCAAUCAGCAUAUCACUUACGAUUUUGAGCCUUGCGACAACGACGUCAUUGUGACGGUGGAUCAAGCUCAUGGAGCAUCCACCGGGUUGAUUCAAAGUGGAAAACAAUAUGCUUCUCGAGUCGCCCAGGAAACUAAAAAGAUUAGGGAAUUAACAAGGACGCUACAAACUCUCCAAAAUAUGAAAGAAAACGGGUUGAAGGCUGAUCCAAAUGAGCCAAAUGGACCAGAUAUUGAUGCCAAGACUGAUGAUAUUAAAAACCAGUUGAGACGUUCAGAGACUGCCAAACUCAAAGCUGAAGCUCGAUUGGAGUGCCUUCGUGCUGGUGGAGUGAAAAUCGAUGAAUUCCUUCAAGAUGCAGAAGGGCUGAUGACUCUUGGAUUAAUGAGGUCUUCCAGCCAACUCUCUUUCAGAGAGUCAGCUCAAGAGGAAUCGGAAUUCUCGGACGGCGGGUCUCGCGCUGGUGCUGAAACGUCCCAACAGGAUGAGGAAGAAGAUGAUCCUGCCGAUGAAGCUUUUGCUGAACAAGUGGUGCAAGAGCAAAUAGCUGAGAUGCAGGCCACUUGGCAAGAUCCAACCAGCGCAUGGGAUACCACCGAUGGUUGGGGUGAUGAUAGCAACUCACUUAAUGCCAACACUACAACUACAUCUGUUCAAAUUGAGACUACAGCCAGCAACAUUUCAGAUCCUGCCCAGGCAUCAGGAGAUGCUAAUAUCAUUAAAUGCAUCGCCUUCUAUCCUUACACGGCACAAAACGCCGAUGAGCUUUCUAUGAUGGAAAAUGAAGAACUCGAAGUGCUGCUGGCCUUUUCUGAAGGUGAUGGAUGGGUCAAAGCUCGCAAUUACAAAGGGGAAGAAGGCUACGUCCCUGAGAAUUACUUAGAUUUACACGCUGAUGAUCAAGUUCCAUGUGGAAGUGACGAAGAUCCCAAUCAAAACGUCCAUCAACACCCAGUGAUUGCUGAAGAAGUUGAACCGGAAGAUGAAGCGGAACAGGUCCUUGAGGUAGAGCAAGAAGAUGCAGUUAGCAUAGAGACGGCCUAUCCGUUGGAGAAUCAAAUCUCAUUCUCGUCAGUCGACUACACUUAUCAACAACAGGCCAGCGCCGAAGAAGAAAUGGAAUUUCCUGGCCCGACUGAAAGUGCACCUCUACCUCCGCCUCCUCCAGCUAAUGCUCCCGAUGUCGAAGUGUCGUCAUCUCCAGUCAUUGACCGAGUUAUUGGCUAUUGUCGAGCUCUUUACGACUAUGACGCCACAUCUGAUGAAGAGCUGACCUUUUAUGAAGGCGAAGUCAUUGCCAUUUUGCGUCGAUCAGGUGCUCUUCAUGAUCAGGAGGUUGAUGAUGGUUGGUGGGAGGGCCAGCUGCUAACAGACGGAACAACUGGUGUUUUCCCCUCUUUAGUUGUUGAAGAAUGUGGCCCGAAUGGUGAAGAAUUGACUCCAAAGGUGUCGCCUGCAACACCUGAAGAGGAAUCCGUGCCUCCACCGGGCAGCCCGCCAGUUGUCCCCACUUUCCUUUUACCUCCUGAACGGGUAAUAAUUACGCAACCUACACCCGAAACAGAAUUCCCUGCAGAUCACGAACACAUGUUCGACCAAAAUGCUACUAUUAAAGAAACUGACGAAGAUGAAGAUGAUCUUGCUUCUGAAAUGGUGCAAGUUCAACCAGCAACACCUACUGAAGAAGAAGGAAACGGCCAGAUCACAGACGGAUUGUCUGGGACGCAGAUCAUCGUGACUGCUUCGACGCCAAUGGUUGAACAUGAAUUUAGAUGUUUCGAUCCCGUAGACGAAACGACAAAUGACGGAAAGGAAAAGGAAACACGACAAGAUUUUGGUGAUGAUGGAAUGGAGCCACCACCUCCACCAGCACCAGAGCCAUCAGCAGCCGAAAUAUCAUGUCAGGACCAAGCCUUGCCACCAGUUACAGUCGCCGAGGAGGCAAAAACAGAGACAGCCAGCAUAGGAUUCGAGGAUGAGUUCGUCCAACUUGAAACUGCUAAGGAAUCUUACGCUUGAAAAACAUCCGUGUGGUCUGCUGUGUAGGGUAUACACAUACAUUUCAACUGCUGAUGCUCAUUGAGCAAUAAUUGUUGUUACAUUUCAUCUCAAUAAUCUUUCACUCAAAUCCCACUUCACUGCCCAUUUAUUUGUUCAUCCAGGUCUGCGUGUAACACCACAGCCAAUGGAGAAUCUAAAAUAAUUUGCUUCUUCUCCAGUUAAAAUAGCCUCCCCUAAAUGAUCGUGAGUUGUGUCUUCAUUACAACCAUUGUUCAUCUAGUUGUUUUUUUUUUUUUUCAGGUGCACAAUGGGAUAGGGUAUGUCACUCUUUUUUAGAAGCUUGUUAAUAAUCUUUGUGUUCCAUCAACAGCAAUUUUAAACAUUUUGCUGUAGUUUGGAUGAUGAUUUCAUCCUGUCGUUGAAUACCUAGCAGUUGAUUCAGUGUCUAAAACAAAAUUGGUUAAUAUCCCUUCAUUUCAUUUUGAUUCUCUUGACUCAUAAUUAACUUCAUUAAAAGAGUGAUAAUUGUUUAAUGUAGGCAUUCCAAUCUUGCCACUGAUUUAUAGUAACAUUUUGAAAAAAAAAAAGAAAAAAAUACUUCGAUUUGCUUAUUAUCAUUAAAGACAUCAACUCAUUUGUAACAUAUAAAAUCAUCAUACGAUAUAGUCCAACCAUGACUUAUUUCUGUUUGAUUUGUCUAGUCCAUUUCUCAAAAGGAGUUCAAAUGUUAGAAUAAGCCAUUAUUUAUUUGUGCAAACACUUGUAGUGUCUGUGGGAAGAAUCACAAGCCAUAUAAGAUCUAAUAAUUGUAUUAUCAUUUGUGUGUGUGUGUAUGUGGUUGAACAAUUGUUCCCAUCACCGUCGUCGUUUGACAUUUUGAGAUUAUUAUGAUCUGCUCUUAGUUCUGGUUUGUCUCCGUCAUCCCCCAAUACACACACAUACUCACCAAA